AUUGGCGAAAAAAGUUAAGGAGUUCGCGGGAGAAAAAGAGGCCAGGAGUUGCCAUGACAACACGCAGAAGCUGAAUCCUCGGACUUCUUUUUGGCUUGAGGACAGAUUUUAACUCUCCAAAAAGGGUUUUGAUUCCCAAACCACACUUCACGAGGCAGGGAACCUUCGGAAAAAGCCGAGGAAGACACUCACAUAGAUCGCAGGUGGCAGGAAAUCGAGAGCCAUGAAUCUGGAGAAUAUGUGUUCGGCUUCUGCUCUGCAGGCUCUCUCUAAGCUGCUCAGCUCUCCUGAAGAGGAGGAAGAUGACUUGGAGCAGGUGUCAUAUCCAUCAUCGUCUGUGGGAGCCUUGAGUCCUGGGAAUAUUGGACCACCAAAGAAAGAAGAAUCCAAAGUCAACCCUCCAAAUCACACUGAAAAUAGAAAGGACAUCUGGGAUCCGGAGGAGGUGCCAGAAGGUUUGGAAUUCGAUGACAUGUGGGACCCCCGAGAACAGCCAGAAUAUGACAUUAUAUUCAAACAGCAGGUGGGAGCUGAGGAUGUAUUCUUGGGCAUGACCAGAAAGGACCCUUCUACAGCCUGCUGUGAGGACCUCUUGGUUAAAAUUAAAUUGCCAGGUACCAAGACCUCUGACAUCACUCUGGAUAUCCAUGAAAAAAUUCUUGAUCUUCGUACCCCCAAGCAUAAGCUGCUCCUGCACCUUCCCCAUCCUGUGGACAGCAAGACUGGCAAAGCAAGUUUUAUCACAGAAACGGAGACCCUUGAAGUCAUCUUGACCAUGAAAAGAGAGUUUGAUUUCAUUAAUUUUUUCUGAAAUCAUAAUGGGGUAAGAUAAGACAGUGUCCAGUAAGACUAGAAGCAUCAUCAGAGUCCUAGGAAAAUUCCUUGUAUACUCAAUGGUUCUGCUGGCGACAAGACCAUCCAUUUACUGGGGUGAUCACUAAGGAACUGAUUAGAUGUCAACAUGAUCAAUGUAGUAUUUAGAGCAAUGGAAAUAUUUAGACCAUAAAAUUCAUUUAGACAACGUUUUGUGGACUCAAACCAAUGAAAGAUGCAGUGACAUAAGCCAUUGCUCAAAAAUUGGCCUUUAGGAUGGCCAAAACAAACAAAACCAAAAUAAAGUGGCCUUAUUUCUUUGCUAUUUGGUUAAACUAUAUAGAUUUGGCUUAUGAUAAAGUAGUUGAAAUGUUCUUACAGUUGGUAUACAGGUUGUCCCAAAAGUUCUAGUGCUGAUAAAGCUUAAAAAUUUAAAACUGCACUCCAACUCUGGGGGACAUUCUGUUUAUAAGCAUUAAUGUUUUUAUCACACGAAGCUGUAAUCUUUGAGUGAUUUGGAUCUGUUUGAAGUAUUUAUUAUUAGUUGCAUUUAAAAAACAUUUUUUCUAGGCAGCCUUAUAAUUAUUACUAGUGCCUUUUUUUUGGGGGGGGGAGAAAAUCUCUGUGUUAUAUUGUGGUUUUUUGAAAAGAAGUUAGAGAGACAAGUGGCAGUCCUAUGAAUUGUCCAUGUCUCCCUCAUUUCCAAUCCUUCUUCAUAAUUAGUGAUGUGUGUUAGUCUUUUGACCCUGUUCUUGUUAACUGUUCAAGUCUAUCUCUAGAUAAAAAUGGCUCCCCAUCAGUCAGAUCCUUCAGUAAUAAGUUAGCAAUAAAAGAAAUCUCGUCUUCCAAAACGGGCACUUCUUCCAUGUUUUUCUUCAAUCUCGAGAGUAAAUUGAGAAAACUGAAAGUGAACAAUUGAGCAAUGAUCAUCCUUCUCUCACAAGUGCCAGGGGAAAUCAGGACUCCACAGAUGUGUCCUGGAGAUAGCUUGCCCCUUCAGCCGAGGGGCCAGCAAGGAUCUAGGCUGUGAUUAGGUCAAGUAGAACCAAGCAGGACUGGGACGAUGAUCAAUUGGCUGUGCUUAAGCAGGAAGAGCUCUCUGGAAUUUAAAACUGAAAUAAGCUUGGUAACUGUCUUCUGAGGAGACAAAAGGGAAGCAAAGAUUAAGUGGCUAAGUAGAGCGGGAGUUAUUUAAGUCCCUGAAGUGAUUUGGAUCAAAAGGGUAACCUACUCUCUACCUGCAUUGUGGUUUUAGCAUUUCUUUUUAAUCUAGGCAAUAUUUUAAGAGUUUAUUUGGAUUAUGCCCCAAAGUAUAAGCUCUGGGUAAGCAUUUCUCUCCUCCAAAGAAUAGCAAUGAAUCAGUGGGAAAUAUACUACCCCACCCCCUAUUUUAUGUGCUGGUCCUAAUUAGAAGGACUAUCACUCAAGUAAGGUGAGCUGGAUGACUGGGUACACUUUGUCCCUGGAAGAGAAGACAGCAUUUCCAGGCCAAAUUGCAUUGGGCAUUGCUUAUAUGGUUCUGUAUUAAUUAUGUAAUGAAAUUGAGCUUCAAGAACAAUGUAAUUUAGUUCAGUGAUUUAUAGCCAUCUAGAAAUCAUCCUACUUCACUGUCCUUGGGAUCAGAAGUAGUCAUUUUUGACAAUUCAGAGGACUUGCUAUUUUUAAAGAGAAAUAUUCAGACUUUUAGAGUGAUAGGGUUUAUUAAGCAAUUAAUGGGAAUUUUAAAGUCCCCUACUGUGUGCCAGGCAUCAUGCUAGGAGCAGUUUCUGGCUUCAGUAUUCUUUUCAGGGAGACAACAUGAUCAUUUAUCCUUGAGGAACUUCUUCAGAGCCCUGGGAUAAAGUGCCACUCUAUUUUCUAUCAAGAGAAACUCAGAAAAUAAUUUUUUUAUUAUAG